CUGCCUUGUGACACAUCCCGGGCCCUCCCGGAGGCGGCAGCAGCGGCUGCAGAGCUAGCCGCCACCACCAUCGAAGCCGCAACCCGGGCUCAGCCUGCCUCCAGCCCCGCAGCUGCUGCAGUCAUGGCUGCAGAUGGGGUGGACGAACGCUCGCCUCUGCUUUCAGCAUCCCAUUCGGGAAAUGUCACUCCCACCGCCCCGCCGUACUUGCAAGAAAGCAGCCCCAGAGCGGAACUUCCACCUCCAUACACCGCUAUUGCCAGCCCGGAUGCCAGUGGUAUUCCUGUAAUCAACUGCCGAGUGUGCCAAUCGCUAAUCAAUUUGGAUGGCAAACUUCACCAGCAUGUGGUUAAGUGUACGGUUUGCAAUGAAGCUACGCCAAUCAAAAACCCCCCGACAGGGAAGAAAUAUGUUAGAUGCCCUUGUAAUUGUCUCCUCAUUUGUAAGGACACAUCUCGGCGAAUAGGAUGUCCGAGACCCAACUGUAGACGCAUAAUUAAUCUUGGCCCAGUAAUGCUUAUUUCUGAAGAGCAGCCAGCUCAGCCUGCAUUGCCAAUCCAACCAGAAGGAACAAGGGUGGUGUGUGGACACUGUGGAAACACAUUCCUGUGGAUGGAACUGAGGUUCAACACUCUGGCAAAAUGCCCACACUGCAAAAAAAUCUCCUCUGUGGGUAGUGCACUUCCACGAAGACGCUGCUGUGCAUAUAUUACCAUUGGAAUGAUAUGUAUUUUCAUUGGAGUUGGAUUAACUGUUGGUACCCAAGACUUUGCAAGACGAUUUCAUGCAACCUAUGUUUCUUGGGCAAUUGCUUAUCUUCUAGGUCUGAUUUGCCUUAUCCGAGCUUGUUAUUGGGGAGCCAUACGAGUCAGUUAUCCAGAACACAGUUUUGCAUAAGCUUGCUUAGGAUUCAAUGAUGCGGGUGAGAGGGUCUAGCAGUUCUUGAUAAGCUAUUCUGGACAUCUUUAAAUCGUUAUAUCUUAACAGAUUCCGUUCUAGUUUAUGUGUAAUAGUUUCAAGACUUUGGGAGUCUUUUAUGAGUAAAUAAAUGCUCAUUGCACUGCAUUUUAUGCAAAUAGUUUGUUUUGCUGCUAGGUUUUCCAAUUCAGAAUAACAAAGCUGUGUUUUAUGUUCUUUUAAAUCAAUUAAAGAUAUUUUUGGAUGUCACCAAAUAUAACAUAAUAUCACUCUAUCUUAUGUUCAAAUCUGUUAUUCCAUUAAUUGCUGAUCUGUAUUUCCAAGAAGUGUUUAUAAAUGUUUUUACAAUUGUUUCACAUUUAUACUUACAUUUUCAUUAAACAGUAUCAAAAUCGCUUGCUUUAAAAUCAAAGCAAUAUGCAUUUUUGCUUGAACUGCUUACAGUAAUUUUAACCUAAGAUUAUAGUGACCUUAUUCAGGAAAAACAUUUGAGUGUACUUUCAAAAACUUGACAUUGUUGUCAGAGAAACAUUUCUAGAUAACCGUAUGUUUGUUUUUUGUUGUUUGUAGAAAGAUAUAAUAUUUUGGUAGUAAUUUAAAAUACAAGAAUGAAAAUAUUUAUUUGUUCACAGUUGGAAAUGUUGGAUAAAUGUCUUUUCUCAAAGAUCACGGGAUUUUUGCCCUUUUUUUCAUUUUUAUUUACCAAUUAUAAAAAUCUGGUCUGCAUUUAUGGAAUUUAAUGUUAACACACUGUAUGUAUUCCUUUAUAGAGACUAGAGGAAGUAUUUCACAUGACAUUUUAUAAUACUUAAUCAUUUAAUCAAAAAUAUUUACAUUGGGUUGUGCUCCUUUCCAUUAGAUCAUGGUGAAUUUUUCUUGUUGGGAUAAUUAUGUACAACUUAUAUAUGAAAGAAGCCUAUGACAUUUUGCACUAGCUAAAAUGUUAAGAUUAGAGGUACUCUUACCAUUCUUCUCAAAUAUAACUGGAUAAUUACCCAAUUAAUAUAAGAAAAUAGAUCAGAGAUAAAGAGCAACAUAGUUUUCUAAAAAUUCACUAGGACUUAUGGAAUCAGCUCUUGCACUGCCCAUCUUUGCAGUUUUGAAAAAGAAAUUGCUUAAUUGAGAAUAUUCAAAGUCUUUCAUGUGAUAGAAUUAGCUAAUGAGAUGAUCUGAGUAAAUUAAUUGGUGAUUCCAGGGAUAAGACUAAUAUUUUAAAUUAUUUAUGUUCCUAAUUAGUAUAAAAAUGUACUCACCAGAGAGUUUGGAGCAAAAUACAUGUAAACUUCAAAGAGUAAAUGAUAAAUGUAUAAAUGCAAUAGCUCAGGAUUAUAUGUACCUUUGAAACUACACUAAUAAAAAUUAUUGUUCAAAAAUUACUUUGUUCUAUUCCAUUUAAAAAAUAAGAUAUCAUUUCCAAAAUUGCCUUGAGAUCUCACUGUAAAGUUUUCAAGUUUAAGAAGAUAUACAAUUUUUCUGAUUUUCUACUGUUUUCAUGAUUUUGUUAAAAAACAUUUUAAAUUCAUUUGUAAUGUACUUGAUGUUCAAUAUGAAAUACUAUUUUCUUUUCUUAUUAACUAGUUGUAACAACAUCAUAAAUUGAAAAGUCAAUACAUUCUUUCCCCUUGGAUUUCAAAUUUUACAUUAAGUUAUAUGCUAUACAAUCUAGUUUUCUGGGAUAUAACUCUAUGAGGGCAGAAACCCUGGCAAGGUUAUUCACUUCUUUUUUGCCAUUUAGAACAGUUCCUAUUAUAUAUUUGCUCAAAUACAUGAAGGAAUGAAUAUGCAUGGAUGAAUAAAUGACUGAAUUUUUAUUUUAAAUAUAUAUAUUUAAAAUAUAUAUACUAUAAUACACACACACACACACACACACACACUGUUAUGUGCCAGAAUGUAAGGUAAAUAUUAUAAUUUCAGAUUAAAGCUUUCUAAGUAAAACCUAAAAGCAGAAAUCAUAUAGGAAAGAUUGAUAAAGUGGGUGACUGAAACCAAAUGAACAGCUCAAAAACUACUAUAUAAAAAAAGUAUCAUAAGCAAAAAAAAUGACAAAAAAUAAACUGGUGAAGAUAUUUUCAAAAUAGUGCUUAUCUGUGAAAAGGGAAGGGAAUAAAGGCAUGAAAAGCAAUUUAUAAAGGAAGAAAUAUAAUUAAACAUGAACUUUUUUUCCAGUUUAAGAUCAAAGAACAUAAGCUAAAAUAUAAAGUAUUUUUUAUCUACCACAUUAACAAAGAAUGAGACAGAGCAACAAUAUCCUUUUAAUUAUGGGGAUAUGAGAAAACAUACGUAUGUGUGCAUGCACAUACUCACAAACCCUUUAUAUUCUUUGGACUAGUAGUUAUGUUUGUAUAAUGAUGUUUAUCACAUUUUAGUUUACAGUAUGUAUUAAUAAAAAAUAAAUGAAAAACCAAUAAUGUGGAUGGGUAAAACAAUUUGGUACACUCAUACUAUGUAAUAACAAGCAGACACUCAGAAUAUGAUGAAAAUUUCAUCUACGAAAUUGGAAAUGGUUCACAAAAUAUAUAACAAAAAAAUCAAAUUACUAAUCAAUAUGUGCAAUACAAUCCACUUUUGGGAAAAACAAAUUAUGUGUGUGUUGAAAAAACUAAGGAAAAUAAUAAUAAAAGGUUUAGAGUAAUUAUCUUUGUACAAUCAGAGAUAAAUCAAUUUAAAAAGUGUUUUGUACUAAAUUUGUAGUUGGAAAGUUUGUUUUGCUCUUGACAAAUAGGUAAGAAUGAUAUGUAAUGAUCCCAUCAUUAUUUGCUGUAUUUUCAUUUAGAUUUUGGAAAUUUUAAAAUAAAUUGUCUAAAAUCCA